AUGGCGGAUACAGAAGUCAUCACACCAACAAAGGCUAAAAAGACAAAAAAGACCAGACCAAAGUCAUCGAAACCAGUCAGAGAUGAGGAAGAGAUUCCUCUUGCUGAUAUGGACACCAAAUCCAAGUUUGACCAGCUCCUCCAACAAGCUGUUGGACAAGCAACAGAGGGAGCAAAAACAAAAAAGAAAAAGAAGACCAAGCAAAGUGAUGAAUCAGUGCUGGAGUCCUUAAGGAAAGGGGAAGGUCUUCAAAAAGAUGAGGAUGAAGCCAUCAAAGCUAACACAUAUGACCCUGGAAAUAGCCCUAAGAAUGAGAAAAGUAACAAACAGAAACAGAAACUGAAAGAGAUGGAGGGAAAGGACAAUGAAGGCUUUGAAAUUCUUGAUGAAACAAAGAAAACUAAAAAGAAGAAGAAGAAAAGUGAUGACUCAGAUUUGGCCUCACCUAAAGAGAAGUCAGUGACUAUCUUAGAACUGGAUCCCACAGCACCUGCAGAGAAAAAGAAAAAGAAGAAGAAGCCACCUGACACUGAAGAGGAAGUUGUAGCUACUGAAGAGGAGCCUCCUACACCCACAAAGACAAAGAAAAAGAAGAAGAAGGCAUCAGAUGAAGAUCGACCUAUGUCACCAGAAUCAGAGCCAGCUUCUCCAAAGCCUGCUAAACGAAAGAAAAAGAAGAAGACAGAUGGUGAACAGGAUGAAGAACAGCCUCUUACUCCACCUGAAUCUGAACCUACCUCUCCCAAAGCUGGCAAGAAAAAGAAAAAGAAGAAAGGACAGGAAACAGAGGAUGAAGAAGGAGCCAUGUCUCCAGAUGAGACAGGUGAGACAGCUAAACCAGAAAAGAAAAAGAAGAAAAAGGCCAAGAAGGGAACUGAGGAGGAUGAAGCAAUGAUCCCACCUCCAAUGAGUGAUGAGGAACAAGCUACAAGUGGUAAAGACAAGAAGAAAAAGAAAAAGAAGAAGAAAGAAGAAGGGGAAGAAGUUCAGGUGAGAAGAAAAUUAAUUGAUGCUGAAGGAGAGGAGGCUGAUGAUGAGGAGGCAGAAGUAAAGGAAGUGAAGAGAGUAAAGAAGAAAGCCCCAAUUGUGAUAGAGGAGACUGAGGAACAGCGUUUGGAAAGGGAGGCGAUAGAGGAUGAAGGACAGAUCAUGGCCGUAACAGUUCACCGCACAGAUAAACUAAAGAAUGAUUUUCACAUCCUGCACCCUAUGGUGCGUGUGCACAUUGUCAAUGAAGAAACUGGGCAGAAUCUCACCAAACAAAGGAAGGAUCGAGCAGUGUCUGCCUAUUUUGAAACACAGAAUGACAACAUCACCCAAAUUAUGCCAAUAAUGACCCAGCCAUUUGACUUCAAACAGAAAAAGUCCGUGCUUCCAGUUUGGGAAGAAUUGCUGGUCUUCAAUGAAAACUUCAAUUAUUUUAUCAAGGACUAUCCCAAAGUCAUCAUAUUUUUUGAGUUAUUGGACUUUGUCAGCAUGACGACAGCAAGUCGACAGUAUGAACAAAGCAGAAGUGAAGGUGGUUGGCACAGAAUUGCCUGGGCCUUCCUCAAGGUGAAAGGUGUAAACAACAAAAUGAAUGCUGGCUCCAAAGUGCGCCUUCAGCUGUUUGAACCUGUUUACAAAUUCCGUGCCAAGCCAGGCCAAGUGGAGCUUUGGCAGUGGUGGAAGACCCAGGGAAGACGUCCUUACCCUUCCACUCUUUACGUGACCCUGAAAGGCAUCACACCACCUGAUGUUGUAGAACCUGCCAUGCGCUCUAUGUUCGCAACACAGAAGGAAAUAGGAAGUAGGACAUAUGCAGAUAUGAAGAAGAGCACCAACUGGUCAGAUGCUAGGAAAAAGAGAGAGAUAGAAAAGAGGACACUCUCCUCCUGGUCCAGAUUGGUCGGUCAGUUGUGUCGCAUCCCUAAUCGAUUAAAGCUGACUCUACAAGCUGGCAGGAACGGAUGUUAUGUGGUGAAAUUCUCACAUGAUGGAAGGAGUUUAGCAUGUGCUUGUCAUGAUAGGGAAAACUUUCCAGUUCUAGUCUAUGAGAUUCCGUCUGGUCAGCUACUUGGCAAGUUCAGAGGUCAUUUUGGCAUUGUGUAUGACUUGUCUUGGUCCAAGAAGGAUACCCACCUAUGUUCUGCAUCAUCAGAUGGCACAGUCAGAGUAUGGAAUCUGGAUAACUUUGAUACCUCAGAAAAGUUAUUACCUCAUCCUGGCUUUGUGUACACUGCACAGUUCCAUCCACGUGUGGAAAACAUCAUCACAACAGGUGGAUAUGACCAGGUAGUGCGAGUCUGGGAUGUGGACGUGGACAGCGUGCAUGGACAGUUAAAACAGGAAAUUGAGAACCACAAGGGCCAUGUGAACUCCCUUUGUUUUGAUGAUGAUGGCCAAAAGCUGUAUACAGCUGACAGUGUCGGUGAUAUCAAUAUCUGGAAUGUAUACGUGACAGAAAAAUCCAGCCAGAAAGGACAGUCCGGUUUUCUUAGAGACUGGACACAUUUCCAAAGCCUGUCUGAUCCUGAAAUGAAGGAUGUUUCUAUCAACUACAUCCAGCUCCACCAUAGUGGGCGUCGCCUGCUGGUUCACUGUCGUGACAACAUCCUCAGGAUGAUGGACCUGCGCAUACAACGAGUGAUGCAGAAGUACAUUGGAGCAUUGAACUUCCGGGAACAGAUCCGGAGUUCCAUCACACCUUGUGGGUCCUUUGUGUUUUCUGGAAGCGAAGAUAACUACGCAUAUGCUUGGAACACAGACACUGGGGACCAGGUGGCUAUGUACUCGGAGCUAAACUACCGUCACCCUGUGACAGACAUCGAAUACCACCCCAGGGACCACAUGUUUGCUACAUGUUCUUUAGGAGACAAUCAAGCCAUUGUUGUAUAUGACUAUGAUCCACAUGUUGCUCAGAUGGACGCAGGGCUUACUCCUAGACAGAUUGUACCAGACCCAAAAGAGGAGUUAGACACCAUGCCUGCCUCUACUAUGGGCACCACAAAGCAAGAAGAAACACUGAUGUCUUCCAGUGUCUUAAAUAAAGAGCAGUUUGAGGCCCACAGCACAGCAAGGCUACAGAAAGUGAUGAGGAAACUCAAUGCUGCAACGUCCCAGAUGUUGUCAGGACCAGUAGACCUACCUGGAAUGCCAGUCUCCUCUCCACGACUAGCUCACACAGGAUUCCUCUCUCUGGACCAGUCAAUGACACCAAGGACCAUGACUACUGGGCCCCAGGCAUUCAGUCCACACGCACCGCGGACAAUGACAAGCAUUGUGCAGCAACAACAGUUUAACUCACAGAAAAUGUACAUGAAAUCUUCAGAUUCAGAUUGGCGACCUGGCUUCCACGAAGUUGGCCGUUCAGGAGCCAGAAGUUCUAGUCCUACAUUCAUAGGAAGACCUCCUCAGAUAGCUUUAACGGCACAGGGGAAUAAAGCCCAGUUCAGCUUCCAGGCCCCAGCAGGCAAGGCUGUCCCAGGCUACGGAGUUGUGAAAGCACUUUAUGACUACCGCGCCCAGAGAUCAGAUGAGCUAACAAUUUUCAAGAAUGACGUGAUUACAGUUCUGUACAAGGACAACGAAAACUGGUGGAUGGGAGAACUGCCCGAUGGUCAACAAGGAUUCUUCCCGGCCAACUAUGUUUUGGCAGAAGAUGGAGAUGAACCACUGUUUGAUACCUUACCUUCACCAGAUCGGAGUAAGGGCAAAAAGGUCACAGCUGUGACAACAAAAUCUGGGGAGUUAAAGUUCCUCUCAGGAACUGAGGAAUCUGAUGAUGACAUCCUGGAAGGACGUAAGAAAGGGUUCCUUGGCAGAUUAGAUAAAACUUUACGGGGAAACACUGGUGCUAUUAACUUUACCGAACAUGACUUCAGUGAUGGUGGCACCAGGCAUUCAUGUGACCAGGUCCUGCAUCACUACACAUGUCGCGACACAAGGAAAAAUGGUAAAAAGAAGAGGGGUUCCAAAGACAAUGUCAUGAGUGAUACAGCAUCAGUGGACAGUAAAGCUAGUAAAGGCAGCAGAGGCAGUCGGAAUGGCACCAAGAAACCACCUGUCAUUCCAAAUGAGUCAACAGCAUGA